ACCCACCUAGAGGGCCCCCUUGACGCCAGCACAUCCUCUGUCAGGCAGCGCUCGCUGCAGCCGGAGCCCAUUCUGCUGCAGAGUAAGUGCCCCAGAGUCUGCAAGUGUCCUGGGCUGCUGCUGCGCUGGGGAGCAAAGGCAAACUGGGAGAGGCGACAAGGAUCCCGAGGGGUAUGUUGGAAAUUCUUGUCAGCAGCAAGGAAACAGGAGCCUGUUGCCUGCAUUGCUUUAAAAUAUACACGGUCUGUUUAGCUUGGGCUUAAGAAUCUUCCCAAGGAUAUUGCCACAGCCUCGGGAGAGAGAACUACUGUCUGGGAGCUGAACUGGGAAAAAAGGACAGCAGAGAAGGAAUUCUUAGAUAACACGGGACUUAAAGCUUUGCUUUCUUUUUGCAAAAUACAAAAGGAUGCACAUGGCUUUGAUAUACAGUAUAACAUCAAAUCAGAACUAGGUUCUGCAGUGAAAGAAUCAAUAGCUUAGUCAUUUCACUUAAAGGGAGCAGACAGCCUUACUAUGGGGUUAGACUGCGAAAAUGAAUUUGAUCAUGAUAUGAUCUUACACUCAUGAUGGUAUCUAAUUAUACUCCUGUCCUAUGGAGCAGAAAAAGCAUACUUCCUUCCUUCUUUCUUAGAUGAAGAAAUAAUCCCACAGAAUCAAAUUCAGAAAGAAGUUUGUUUUUGUUGUACAUGGUUAUUAAACAUCAUCCUGUUCCCUGGGCUUGUAAUAUCUGAAAACUGCAUUAAAGUGAUCGCUCAUGAAUAUGUGUCUAAGAAAGAAGAAAAAGCAAUAUUCAUUUCUGAAGGAUAACAUGGCAAAGCAAUAUGAAGUUAUACAUUUCCCCCUAACCACCAAUCUGGCAUGGCUGACAAGAAACUAUCUUUUGACUAACCUUUUCCAACUGUCCAAAAUGCUGCAUAUGAAGAUGCUUUAAUUCACAUUAAAAGCACUUGGAUUUUUAUCAAGGCGAACCAUUGGCAUCAUCAUACAAUUUCUGUAUACUGAUUAAUUUAAUGUUUCUUAAGUAGAAAGUGAGGCAUAAAUGGAUGGACAUGUACCUAGAAAACCUUAUGCUAAGUCUUUCUUCAGAUCCUGGGAAUUUUUAUUUUUGUGGAUUACAGUAAUUCUUGCAAUAAACCCUGCUGUUAACUGCUCAUGCAGUUGUUCUGGAAUGCAUCUAUGAAUACCAUAACAGAUAAAGCUGUCUGACAAGGAAAACACUAAUGUUGGAAGAUCUGUGAACAUGAUGCAUGUGAAUAAUUUCCCCUUUAGGAGGCAUUCAUGGAUAUGUUUCGAUGUAGACAAUGGCACAUCAUCAGGACGAAGUCCCUUGGAUCCCAUGACAAGCCCUGGAUCAGGGCUGAUUCUUCAGGCAAACUUUGUCCAUAGUCAACGUAGGGAGUCUUUCCUUUACCGGUCAGACAGUGACUAUGACCUUUCUCCAAAGUCCAUGUCCAGGAACUCCUCCAUUGCCAGUGACAUACAUGGAGAUGACUUGAUUGUGACACCAUUUGCUCAGGUGCUGGCCAGCCUGCGUACUGUACGGAAUAACUUUGCUGCAUUAACCAACUUACAAGAUCGGGCACCCAGCAAACGGUCACCAAUGUGUAACCAACCAUCUAUUAACAAAGCAACUAUAACAGAGGAGGCCUACCAAAAGCUGGCCAGCGAGACCCUGGAGGAGCUGGACUGGUGCCUGGACCAGCUGGAGACCCUGCAGACCAGGCACUCCGUCAGCGAAAUGGCCUCCAACAAGUUUAAAAGAAUGCUCAACCGGGAGCUAACCCACCUCUCUGAAAUGAGUAGGUCAGGCAAUCAGGUCUCAGAAUAUAUAUCAAACACAUUCUUAGAUAAACAACAUGAAGUUGAAAUCCCCUCUCCAACACAGAAAGAGAAAGAGAAAAAGAAGAGGCCAAUGUCCCAGAUCAGUGGAGUCAAAAAACUGAUGCACAGCUCCAGUUUAACUAAUUCCAGUAUUCCCAGAUUUGGAGUCAAAACAGACCAAGAAGAUGUUCUUGCCAAGGAACUAGAAGAUGUAAACAAAUGGGGCCUUCAGGUUUUCAGAGUAGCAGAAUUAUCUGGAAACAGACCUUUGACAGUCAUCAUGCACACCAUUUUUCAGGAACGGGAUUUGUUAAAAACUUUUAAAAUUCCAGUAGACACUUUAAUAACUUACUUGAUGACCCUAGAAGAUCAUUACCAUGCAGAUGUGGCAUAUCACAAUAACAUACAUGCUGCAGAUGUUGUUCAGUCAACCCAUGUCCUGCUAUCAACCCCAGCAUUGGAGGCAGUGUUCACUGAUUUGGAGAUUCUUGCAGCAAUUUUUGCCAGUGCAAUACAUGAUGUAGAUCAUCCUGGGGUUUCAAACCAGUUUCUUAUCAACACAAAUUCUGAACUCGCCUUGAUGUACAAUGACUCAUCAGUGCUGGAGAAUCACCACUUAGCUGUGGGCUUCAAGCUGCUGCAGGAAGAGAAUUGUGACAUUUUCCAGAAUUUGACCAAAAAACAGAGGCAAUCAUUGAGGAAAAUGGUCAUUGACAUUGUACUUGCAACAGACAUGUCUAAGCAUAUGAAUCUAUUGGCUGAUUUAAAAACUAUGGUUGAAACCAAAAAAGUGACAAGUUCUGGUGUCCUACUUCUUGAUAAUUAUUCAGACAGGAUUCAGGUCCUUCAGAAUAUGGUGCACUGUGCAGAUCUAAGCAAUCCAACCAAGCCACUCCAUCUCUAUCGCCAGUGGACAGACAGAAUAAUGGAGGAAUUCUUCCGACAAGGAGAUAGAGAAAGAGAAAGAGGAAUGGAGAUAAGUCCCAUGUGUGAUAAGCACAAUGCAUCAGUAGAAAAAUCACAGGUGGGGUUUAUAGACUACAUUGUUCAUCCUCUGUGGGAGACAUGGGCGGAUCUUGUUCACCCGGAUGCCCAGGAUAUCUUAGAUACACUGGAGGACAAUCGAGAAUGGUACCAGAGCACAAUCCCUCAAAGUCCCUCUCCUGCACCUGAUGACCAGGAAGAGGGUAGGCAGGGCCAAGCUGAAAAAUUCCAGUUUGAACUAACCCUGGAGGAAGAUGGUGAGUCAGACACCGAAAAGGACAGUGGAAGUCAAGUAGAAGAAGACACCAGCUGCAGUGACUCCAAGACUCUUUGCACCCAGGAUUCAGAAUCCACUGAAAUUCCUCUUGAUGAGCAAGUAGGGGAAGAAGUGGAAGAGGAGGAGAACCAGACAGAACCCUGUGUAGUAGAAGACCAUUCUCCUGACACGUAACGAUGAAGAUGCAGUCUGUUUCUCUCUUGCCCUCUCCCAUUCUCUUCCUCUUUCUCUGUCAUUUUUUUUAAUUAGAAAAAGUUUCCAAAGUGUAUGUCACAUGCUACAACCAUGAUCACAACUCACUGUCAUCUGCCAGGACGUUUGUCGAUCAAAACUGACCUUGAUGACUCAGUUUGGCACUCAGGAAUAUUGUAACCAGAAUUUUCACCUCCAUGGCAUCAGAAAGCAGGGGGAAGAACAUCCAUAAACUACAUUUUAACAAGCUCUCCAUUUGGCAGAUUUGAUUAAAUAGAGCAAAUGUUUUCAGAGGAGUACCACCUGCCAACCGAAGGCUGGUAUGCUUUGAUAGCUUUUGAUUUCAUUUUAUUUCACAAGGAAAGCAUUGAAAAAUGUUCAUCAUCAGAGGAAACAGAAAAUAAACUGAAGUUCCUACUGGAAAACAAAUGCACAUAAGUGAUGGGACACAACAUGAAUCUGUUACCAAUAGGAAGAUGAGCUGUGGAAAUUGCAUAAUUUUCUAAUUUCAAGUCUUCCUGAUAUAUGACUGAAAAAAGUGUGACCCAGUGGGUUGCACUAACCUCUGCAUUUUGUAUAAUAUGUAAAAGAGAUCUUUUGUAGAGCUUACUUUUAUUAUUAAAUGUACUGAGGUAUUAUAUUUAAAGAAAAACACUUUCAGACUUCAUCUGCCACUGGUUAUUUUUUUUUCCAAAGAGUAACUUGCAAGUUUUCAGUACAAAUCUGUGCUACACUGGAUAAUACUUCUGGUUUUUUUUCUUUCCUUCAUUUUUGCACCUUAGAAUUUCAUGGCAAUAUUGAGCUGUAAAAGUCUAUCACUUUAUAUAUUAGUGACUUCCAUGAAUAUCCUUUAUGUUACAUAAAACUCUUUCAGUAUGAUGGCAUCUGUUCUUUAGUUUUUAUUACAAUUUUCCCAGACGUACUAGAGGAACUUAGCUGUGCUCUUCUCCUCGUAGUGGUCUGAUCCUGUCAAUUCUGUCUUACUUCCAAAACUAAGCUUUACACAUGGGGUCCUGUUGAAACCAGCUGGACCAUUAAGAUUAGGAUUUGCAGGACUAAAGCCAGUAAAAAAGGUGAUGAAUUGUCUUUUUUUAAAAUAUAAAACAGUUCUUCUGUUGUAUUAAUAAAAUUAGUCCCUCUCAAACAUCAUUUUCAGGAUAUUUAUGCCAGGGAGCUAUAGAUUUCUCUGUCAGAAUGACUAAUACAAUGUAUGGAAUACUUGUUUUGACAAAAAAGCAUCAGUGUAGUAUUUCCGGUUUUGUCUCCCUUACUAACUUUUUAUCUGUGUCAAGUGUCUAGUUAAACCAUUUGCUAAUCUGAGACAUAAUAAUGAUUAGCAUUUUUUUAUGGUUUUGUUGGCUGAAGAGCCACAUCAGUCUUUUCUAUGUUUUCUUUUUUAUGUUUUCUUAUUUGUAUAUUUUCUUUUCCUUAUGUUUUUAAGUAAAUGGGCAAUGCUUCAUGAGUGUUGUAGUUUACUCCACAUUGCUUCAAUCCCAGAUGUUUUCAUCCUUUAUCCAACUUGUGCUGAGGGAAUCUUACUUUUAAGUUUGAUUAGUACUGAAAGUUUUUGUAAUUCGGAAAGUUAAAGGGAGUUAAGGGGUCAUAUUUGUCAUUUUGCAGUCCUGGUGACAUGUCACAUGAAAUGAGAAGGAAUUUUAUCUCCUCCGUUUGACCCUUCAUUAAAAUUGUAGUUUUGAGUGUAGAGAAAUAGUUGCCUAGAGAAGUUAACAGACUCCCACUUUGUAACGUUCUGGUAAAAUGGCAAGUUCAAGGUGAUCUCUUAACAAAACAAAACAGAAACAACCAUUAUUUUCCCUGUUUGUAUUUUUUUUUUUUUUAUUUUGGUAAAUUUGUGGAUAUGAAUAGGUGUCUGUUUUAGUGUCUGAGAUCUAGAAUGAGAACCUAUUUAAAAUCUGCUGCCUAAUAAUUCAGCUUUUAAAUGCCUUUUGCAUUCUUCUGUAUCCAGCUCAUAGACUUCUCCACCUUUAGCCCUCACGGGGCCUUAGCACAGAAGAUACUGAAGGGGGAAAGAGAAUGAAGAGAACUCAUCUUUUUUCAGUUUUUGACUUUUUUGUUCAUCAUUUCUCCCUGAACCUCAACCCAUCUAAAAAUCCUUUCAGUCCCCAAGAGUGCCUGGAACCUUAAUAAUGGAAAAGCAAUAUAAAUUCCAAAAUAAUCAAUAGGGACCUGAAAAGGUUUUGUAUCUGCACUAAUUGAAAGUAAGUAAAGAGAAUAAUACCAUAUUGUGAGAUAUACACCCAUACAUAUGGACAAUCAAAUAAUAGAAAAUUAUAUCAUUUCUUAGAGCCAGGGAUAUAAUGCACUGUACAAUCUUUUUUUUCCUCUUUUGCCAAAGUGUGUUUUUGCAUUGCACACUGCUUUAAAACAGUAUAAUUUACAAGUGGCUUUAUGUGUUCUAAAUAUUUUUGCCAUAAGAAAAUGCAGUGAGUUGGGUAUUGAGUGGGGAAACAAGAAAAUUCACAUUGCUUAUAACAGUACACUUUAGCUUGCAAGUUACUGUACUCAACAAUGCUGUAUUUGAAUUUUUAAAUUGUUUUGUGUCAUUGUUUAAAAAAAACUAUAAUGAAAGAAUAUAGAUAGAACAAAUAGCAUUCAGAAGUUUAAAAAACUUGAAUGGUAUGGAUUUUACAGAAAGCUUUGACAAUUCUUUUAAAAUGCAUUAUUUAUUUUAUUUGUGCCAUGCAUUUUUCUCACCAAAUGACCUUACCUGUAAUACAGUCUUGUUUGUCUCUGUUUACAACCAUGUAUUUAUUGUAAUGUACAUACUGUAAUGUUAAUUGUAAAUUAUCAGUUCUUAUUAUAACAUCAUCCUUGUCAGGGUGGUGUUGCUAUAUUUGGAAACUCUUGGUGAGAGAAUGAUUAUUGUGUAUACAUAUUCCUUGUACAUUUUUUCUCCUGUAAUAUAUUCUGUGUCACCUUAGAGCUUGUUUAUGGAAGAUUCAAGAUAAGUAUAAAAUACAUAAAGAUAUAUCAAUAAAAAAGCUGCAGGUCUUUGGUCCCAGGGCUGUGCCUUAACUUUAAACAAUAUUUUCUUCUGUUUUGCUGCAUUGGAAAGUAAGGUAGCUGUGGGGCUAGGGCUGGGCAUUCCUACCAUAUUUUUAGUUGCUAACCGAUGGGGUUACUAGUACAAGCUAGUAUAUAUAUUGCAAUGAGCUUUCAUCUGUGACCCCACUGGAAGUUCCAGCUUUUCCAGACUUCUGGCUAUAUAAUUGUAUUGCCUUUCUGAUUAUCUUUUUUACAGACUAUCAUCAGGGAUUAUUGCAGCCAUUACUUGCUACUAAAAAAAGAUGAUGCUGUGUUUCAGUACUGAGUUUUACUGAAACAGUGUUGGAAACUGUGCUAUGUAGACAGCAUCUCUAAUAAGCAUUUGAUUCUAAUGCAUAUUGGCAAAUGAAAUAAUUGGAAUUAAAAGGGUUUAAUUUAUACACUCUGUUCUUUCACAAUCAUCCGUAAUAUUCCUUCUGUAUUUAGUAGCAGCAGUUAUCAGUGUAUAAGCAGAAUCCAUGAAGUAGGACAAAAGACAACCUUAAUCUUGGAAAUGCUUUCCAGCACUAAUAUUAGUGUUAUAAGCAGCCAAAGCUUUUAUUCUGUAUAGAUGUAUCUAAGGCUUUGUACAGGUGUGUAUAGCAUAAUGCACUAGGUCUAUAGGAGAAUGGUAAACCUUUAGAUCUUUUAAUAACACUAGUAUUAGUUUUGCAAGUUGGACGCUGAGCAUCUCUUGCAGUUUGAAUAUCACAUUGCUCUCACCACGCUGAGCUCCUGAUAGCAGUGAAUUUGCCAGUGUGAGGUCAGUACCUCUCCUCCAUCCCAGCGAUGCCCAGCCCUUGUAGCAUGCAACUCCAGUGAAAGGAGAGAUUCUUUUUCAAGGAAAAACAGAGCCUCCUUUUUGACACAAACUGUAGAUUUUAGCAGCCCUGGCCCAAAGGAAUUUGAUUGCUUUUGUUUUAAACAGUAUAAAAGGGACACUAUAACGACAGAAAUCCUGAACAAUUUUUGUUACUGUUUUAAUUUGAUUUUUCCUUUGGGUAUGUCUUGAGAGUGGCAACUUGUGUGAACAUUGCACAUGAUGAUUCUUUCACUGGUUUCUUAGCCUCUCUUACAGCCUAUGGGAUAGUACUGUACAUCAAUACCUUCAUAUGGAAUUUUUAUAUGCAAUGGAAAUAAAAGCAUGGGUUGAUUCUGCCUA